AUGCCGUCGUCUCAUGACGAGAAGUUUGAUUUGGCAACUUUUUUCCCAGAUCGAAAGAAAGGAUCACGCUAUAGUUCAUCAUCUUCUUCAUUACGACGGUCUUCGUCGUCUUCUUCUUCUUCUUCUUCUAAAUUUAGACCUCGCAGUUCCUCUUCAAGCUCAUCGUCAUCUUUACUAUCCUCAAGCAGACACACCAAAUCUUCAUCUUCAAAUGGGCAAUUACAUUCGUCUUCAACUUCUAACCACCGCACAUAUGACGAAAGAUUACCACCGACAGGAUCGCGUGAUACCGAUAAACGUUCUUCGUUAAUAAUAGAUUCAAAAACAUGGAGAGAUACCCCAAAAACAUUUAGCAAAAAUGAUUUGUUUUUUCAUAAAUUAAAGCAAAAACCAGAAGAACCCCAGAGUCAUUAUUUGCCAUCUCCACAGUCAUCAUCUACAUCAUCAACAUCUAUCUCUACACCUAACGGCGAAAGUAAGAGAUCAAUAAAGCAGCAGGAGGUACAUGAUCACAAAAAUUUAAAUCCAACAAAACGAGCAAACUAUCAAACUGUUUAUGAUCCUGACUUGAGUCGAACUAAAAGUGGUGGAUCUAAGCCCAAGGUUCGAUAUAACGGCGAAGGACAACCAGAUCCAACAGACCCCCGUUUCUACAAAGGUAUCAGGUAUACUCGCUCGAAAGGUGGGAAAAAGGAGUAUUUGAAAAGUUGCGUUGUGCCUAUUUUUAUUAAAGAUGAAAAUACCAUCGCUCCUCCUCCUGACACAAAAUUGUUAAUGUCCGGUCUAUCUACGUUGACGAAAAAAUCCACCAUUAUGUACAAACUUUUAGAGUAUGGUCCUGUAUCAGACCUCGAAAUGGCUCAUGAUCAAACUUCUGGAGAGUUUUUGGGCGUUUGUUGUUUUAAGUUUGAUGGCGAGUUGAGUAUUUCCAACAAAAUCGCCAACAGGCUUAUAGCAAAUAAUCAAAGUGUGUUUAUUGAUGCAAAGAAACCAUUUAUUCAGUUUGAUGAGAAAGGCUUGGUGAAAGAAAGAAUUAUUCACGAUAUCAUCAAAACUAAGAAGGAAUACUAUUCUGUAUCAAAAGAACUGAGAGAAAGCCCAGGAACUUUUAGGGACUUGAAUAAAGCCGCACAUGGCCAAGAUGAUAAACCAGGAUCACAUAAAGAAGUGAAACCUGGCAUUGUUCGACGAAGGAUGUCUUUGAAAAGCGGAAAAUUACCUGUAUUUUUUGAAGUAUUAGAACCUUGCAUUUUUAUCAGCAAUCACUAUAUUUCCACCAGAGUUAAAAUAAUGCCGAUAGUAACCUGGUUUUCUAAACAAACAGAAGCAAUUUUUGUUUGUCCAAGGUUCUUUAUUAUUGUUUUCCGGGAUCAAUGGGUUGCAAGGAAAUGCUUUAAGGAAAAAAAUAAUACUCAGUUUGGCCAGAAUGUGGUUCUUAUGAAGUUGUUUUUAUCUGGACUGACUGACAUUGAAGCUAAUGAAGCGUUUGAAGCAAAUGAAGCGGUAGAAAGAGAAUCAAAACUUCUCCGUGAUCAACUCAAAAAAAAGGAGCAGGAAAAGAAUGCUCGAAACCUUCUACCGCCAGCAAUACCUGCUGAGAUAAAACGGUCGCAACCUGAUUAUACCGACCGACCCUCAUCACACCUGCUGAUGGAAUCACAAGUAAGUCCUCAUAAAAGCAGGAUUCCAAUUACAUCUACAUCUUCAACUACCGCCGAAAUUUCUGUAGAAGAAAAAUCACCCUCUUCCAACAGAUUUAAUCCUCUUCCAUCAUCUGUUCUUUCCUUACCUCGGUUUAAAAGGAAAAGUACGAUCACUACAUCAAGUAAGCUUCAACUUACUCCAGCUGCAUCUAGAGAGAAAGUAAGCGCCCGGCCAAUGAACCAUGGCCUGAAUGACGAUUCUUCAGAUGAAGAAGACGAUGACUCAGAGUCGGCGACUCAAACACCUAUAUACCCUCAGGCAGCUUCAGAUACAUCUGAGUCUACUGCUUUCGGAAAACCCGAAUCCUUCCCAUUGAAGGAACCUGAAAAGUCACCAAAAGGUUCCAAUGAGGAAGAAGAACCUUUAAUUUCCAAGUUGAACAAAUCCAAAAGACGGAAUUUAAAAGAAUUUUUACAUUAUACUUCUUCUGAAGGAGAAUCUGACGAUGAUGAUGAUUUGCCUGUAUCUAGACAACACAAGAAGCUUAAGCAUAAUAUUGAUGAUACAUUGAAAACACCUCGACAAUUGAAGAAUAAACUUAAGAGUGCUCCUACUGAUAGUCAAAUCACGCCUGAAGAGUCUCCAACAAAUGAUGCCUUGGAAGAGGUCAAAGAAGACAAGCACCGCCAAAUUUUUGAAAAAGAUGGAGAAAUACUAACCAAUGUUUUGGUUCCUCUGAUAUCACCUGAGGAAGAGUCUGAGGAUGAAAAAAGAAAGCGACCCAAGUUGAAGAAACUUGAAGAAAGCUCAAAAACCGAAACGAUUAAGUCACCAAAGUCCGAAGAACUUGAUGAUAAGGAUGUUUCAGAAAAUUAUGAUCCAGAAUGGGAUGGUAUGUUUGAAGAGCAUUCAAUUUCUCAAGAGAUUAUGAAUCCUAGGCUUGACUGGGAACCGUCUAAAGGCCGAAUGGAGCCAGUUUGCAUGGAUGAUUUUUCCACGUUACUAGAUUUGGAUGGCUUUCAGUCGUUUGUUAAGGAUGAUGAAGAUUUUGAACUUUUGAAGCAAGUUUUGAAAGGUGUUGAAAGUGAAGAUAUUGGCCCGGUUGAUUUUUGGUGCUGGAACCAAAAGGAGAUGAAGUCUGUAAAUUAUGGGCGAGAAUCAGUUGGAAAGCCUUUGUUGGUUGAAAACGGUAUUGAAGAAACCCUUCGGUGGUCUAGUAAAACAGGGGCUAGCAGGAGUGAUGGGUUUAAGCGGAUUGCAGACAAAGACAAGGCUGCGUAUCUUCCCCACAGACGCAAGAUCCAUGAGCCUAUUGACACGAUUCGAGAAGAGCCAGAUACUUCCACGGCCAGUACUGCGGCAGCUGCAGCAGGUGGCUCUAAUUCACGUCAUAACCGUGCAAGUAACCGAAGACUUGCUAAUGACAUUAGUUUGCAAAAACAAAUGUUGAGUAGUGAGACGGAUAUUCUCAACUUUAAUCAGCUCAAGAAACGCAAGAAGCCGGUGAAGUUUGCACGAUCUGCAAUCCACAACUGGGGGUUGUAUGCAAUUGAGCCAAUAACAGCCAACGACAUGAUUAUUGAAUAUGUUGGUGAGGUUGUGCGGCAAAAAGUUGCUGAGCUUCGAGAGAAGAAGUAUUUGCGGUCUGGAAUUGGGUCUUCCUACUUGUUUCGGAUAGAUGAGCAGACUGUGAUUGAUGCGACUAAGCUUGGUGGUAUUGCACGGUUCAUCAACCACUCAUGUACGCCUAGCUGCACUGCUAAGAUUAUUAAAGUUGAGGGCAAGAAGAGAAUUGUUAUUUACGCUUUACGAGAUAUUCAGGCCAACGAAGAGCUGACCUAUGAUUAUAAGUUUGAGCGGGAGGUGAAUGAUGAGGAGCGUAUUCCAUGUCUUUGUGGAUCAAGCGGCUGUAAAGGCUAUUUGAACUAA